ACGCCGACGUAAUCUACAGUAGUUUCUGAUAUUUAAUUUACGCAAAUCGUGAUAUACACAAGACGUAUCAGUAAGCUUGACGCAUCAUCCCAUGAGUGAACUUAGCCUCGAACAGAAACGGAAGUGGCGUUUACACUUAGCUAUGACGUAUCGAUCCGGUGGGCGACUGUCAGCGAUCUUGUCAUUCUCUGGGUGAACUACUGCACGAUACAGUGUUAUUUGUCGUCAUGUCUUGGGGACAGCCAACUCAACAACCAUAUGGUGGUUAUGGACAAGGAGCAUACGGCACUAACAGAGGCUAUGGUGGGCCCCCAGCACAGGCCUAUGGACAGCAGUAUGGGGGAGGGGCACAACAGCAGUAUGGGUAUGGCCCUCCCCCUCAGCAGAAUCCGUAUGGAGCGCAGGGCUAUGGGGGACGUCCCCCAGUCCCGGCCUACUCUGCACCACCAGCAGGACCGCCCCCAGGGAUAAACCCUGAACUCUGGUCCUGGUUCCAGUCAGUGGACCAAGAUCGAUCUGGAAGGAUUUCUGCUGAUGAACUUCAGAGGGCACUUGUCAACAGUAACUGGUCACAGUUCAAUUCUGAAACAUGCAGGCUAAUGAUUGGCAUGUUUGAUAAAGACAGAAGUGGAACAAUUGACAUUCAUGAAUUUGCAGCACUAUGGAAGUACAUUCAGGAAUGGAAAUCAUGUUUUGACAGGUUUGACACUGACCGGUCAGGAAAUAUAGAUGCCGGAGAACUUAAUAAUGCUUUUAAUGCCUUUGGCUACAGACUAUCCCCCCAGUUUUGUCAGCUUGUAGUCAGAGUGUUUGAUAAAAGGAGUACAACAACCAUACAGUUUGAUGACUUCAUCCAGGCCUGCGUCAUGCUGAAAUCUCUCACAGAUAAAUUCAGGGCACAUGAUGUACAACAGCAAGGUGUUAUACAUAUCAGUUAUGAACAGUUUCUUGAAAUGGUGUUGGAUAACACACUGUCCUAGCAAAGCCAGGAUCCUAUCAGAGUUUGUGGAGACAUUGAGUGAAACUUACAUUCCAUGCAAAUGGAAGACCUGUGACAGAGGAAAGUGGUUAAUACAUACAGCGGAGGCCAUUUCUGGGUGUUCAGUUAGCACCUGCUUCAUCUCCAGAUAUUUCUGUUUGUGAUCAGUGGUAGAAGUACAAGUGACAUGUUCUAGCCAUUGAUUUGACAUUCAGUGGCAGUAAAUUCUAUGAGCCCUGGGAGGCUCCAUGUGAAUGCCAAGUUUUCCAGUCAUCACAUGAACUAAGACAUGUUUAGUAAAGUCACCAACUCCACAUUUGUUACCCUUAGUGUAUGCAGUGGCACUACUGGUGGCUUAUGGUGGCAGAUUGAACAAUGAAUUAGUGGCUGAGAGCGCCCCAAGUACGUGCCAAUGAAUAGAACACUCAUUCCAUGUAGUUGUUGUAGAACAGAAUUGUUUACUGAGGACACUUCCUAUGGUACAAUAGUCCUAGAAAGUCAUUAUAAAUUAUGAUAAAUUGGAUGAUGGUGUACAAUUCCUGUGGACAAAGAUUAGUGCCAUUGUCUUAGAUGGAAAAAAGUACCUUUCAGAACUAUUUCAUUGCAGCAUGUUUAUUUGUAUAAACAAAUUGUGAGGAAAAGCAACAUGAUAACUGGUAUAAUUCAAAUUUCAAAGAAUUCAGUGUUACUGAAUGUGUUCAUAUGUUACUGGCAACUGAAGGGCAUAAAGAGUUGCUUGAAUCAUUGGUCAGGGGGAUAUUUACUUUUGUCAUGGUCGGCUAAUUCUGUAAUUGGAAGCCAUAACAAGUCAUUGAGGGGACUGGCAGUGUCUUUACUAUAUUAUACCUUGUUAAGGCACAAAAAAUCAGUUUUCAUUAAUUGUUAUUUACAUACUUGGUAAAAUGAAUGUGUUGCAGAUUUCUUUGUCUUAGAACUCUUUGUUUUAAUCAUAUUUUUGAAACUUUUUACCGUAAUGACCAUGGUUCCAUACGCCUGUCUAAUACAGUUGCUGUCACAAGUGUCAAAGAGUUGUGAAUUUUUUUUUUGACCAUAAAUGUCAAAAGAAGAUAUCUGUCCUGCUCCUCUAAAAUCUAAUUAGACUGCAUUCAGCCUGUGGUACAUGAAGCUUCAGGUGCAAAUCUGGUGUUGAAUACUGAUUUUACUCUUGAAAAAAAUGGCUAGUGUAAAACUAUAGAUGAAUAUUAAGAGGGGAAAAAAAGCAUUAGAGAUAUAUUCUGUGUAAAAUAUUGCAAGCAGAAUCAGUUUAGGUAAAAUAGAGAGGGAAAUGGACACUAUUAUGGAAAGGUCUGAAGAUUUUCCCCUGUUUAUAACCCUUGUGCAAAGUAGGCUCUUAAAAGAUUAUGUAGACGCCAGAAUCAAAGCAUAAACAUACUGCUGUUAGCAGGUAGUUGUUACCUGUAGAUUUGGUUGUGAUGGCUAGAAACUUUUCACAAUUGUAUCAGAAUCAGAAUGUUAUCAGCAGGUAACACUGCACAAGAUUUGUAUUACAGUGGAUAUUUGAAAGCCAGUAAUACCCAACGAUAUCAAAUUGCUUAUUGUAUAUAGAUCUCCACCUAUAUCAACUUAACAUUUCUAUGUUAAUUCUAUGAAAAUUAUGGAUUGAGUCUUUGUUUAGUUUACACAUGCCCAUAGUGAAGUAUAUGUGUGUGUGUGUAUAUCAUGAUUUUUAUGGGAAUAUGAAACAAAAAUGUUUACAUGUUAGCAUCUAUAGUAGUUAUGAAACGUUUACGUGCUGCUUUUAUAAGAAUGUAUACAUUUUGUAAACAGCAAAAAUUCACUUCCAAGAUUGUCUUUAUCUGAAACACCAUUCUCUCUUUUAUUCUUAUCUAUCUGUCUUGUAUAUUCAGCAUAAUGAGCUUAUCAACAUGUAUAACCCCCAUUAGAUAUUUAUGUUACUCUGUCACUAAACAUGCCUUGUGAUAGUUUUCUUGUGCGCUGAUAGGUAUGCGGAAACAUAGGCCCACAUGACAACAUACUGUGUCCUCGUGUGAUCUCUUCCCUCCAGUCCUAAACCUGACUGGCCUUAGUGAAGUGAAAUAAUUUCAAGUUAUGCAGAAAACUGAAUUUAAAUUUAUAACUAAACCCCAUGAAGGUGUCUGUAAUACUGUAUACAACUUACAUGUAUUUAUUUUGUAUGUAUGUAUUGGGGAACAUUACUUGUUUCAUAAAACGGCUUCCUUGAACAGGGGGAGGUAACUUUUUUCUGCCUUGAUAUAUCAGUAGGAUUAAGCGAUGAAAAUACACCACCAGAAGAGCACGGUUACCUUUAUCUGGUAAAAGUUCAUAGAUUGAUUAAUGUAAACAGGAGUGUAGUUCUGUUGAACUUACUGUCACACGGUACAGUAGGUCGUCUAUACUGUUAAUGAUAAUUCUGUGUUGUGUUCUUGUCCUGUGGGAUUGCUCAAACCUGCAUGUUGUCCAAAAUUUUCGUAAACAUGCUAUUUUUGUACAACGUUUAACUGAAUGAGGUGUGUUCCGGUUUGGCUGUCAGGUGUAUUGGUUGAUGUAAAUUGCUGAAUACUGUUGUAAAGUCAGAUAAAGUUCUUUUUUAAUCUUC